ACUCGCCGAAUGAUUCGAUCAUACCGGACAAAAUAAUUGUUGGAGUAAUCUACGCGCUAGUCUGCUUGAAAUUAAUACGAUGUGUUUUUGUUGACUUAUAAACAAAAAACUGUACCAUUUACUAUUACUAUAUUUACUAUUAAAUCCUUUUUUUCGUGAGGAUGUCUGCACCAAAACAGCAACAAAAUGUCGAGCACAAAGAGAAGAAGAGGAAAGAAAGUAUUCUCGAUCUAUCUAAGUACCUCGAAAAAAACAUAAGGGUAAAGUUUGCCGGAGGAAGAGAAGCUGAAGGUAUACUGAAGGGUUACGAUCCCUUACUUAAUCUAGUACUCGACAAUACAAAGGAAUAUCUCAGAGAUCCAGAUGAUCCAUAUAAAUUAAAUCAGGAUACUCGCAUGUUGGGAUUGGUAGUAUGUAGAGGAACAUCUGUAGUGCUUAUUUGUCCUGUAGAUGGUAUGGAAUCUAUUCAGAAUCCAUUCAUACAACAGGAAGGAUAAACAGGAGAGAUGUCAUUGUACUAUCAAUAUAUGAUAUUACAUCUUGGAGAGAAAGAAAGUUAUCUUAGCAUCUUGAACAUUUCCAUUUUUCUAAUGAUGAAGAAAAUAUAAUUUAUUUUACAUCGUAUUGA